AUUAUGAAUUUAUCUUUAAAAUUUGAAAAAAUUGAAAAAGCUAAUAUUGAUAAAAUGAGCGAGAGCGACUCAGAGUUCUUAUUCAGAGUCUUAACCGUUACACUUUCCAGUGUCAGAUCUCGUCAUUUUCCGCAAACCGUCUCUUCUUCUUCUACGAUUCAGCACUUCUCUCGCCGGCGAUUUCGGAAUGAGCACACCUGCCGCAUCCGGUUCGGCGGCGAAGCCGACAAAACCAGCAAGGUCGUCGAGCGUGGCAACUAGGUCAUCCUCCAAUUCCGGCUCCCUCACUGCUUUCCAGACCAUGGUGGAGCAGAAGCAGAAGAUCCUCACCUCUAUCUCUAAGCUCGCCGAUCGGGAUACAUACCAGAUCGCCGUUGAAGAUCUCGAGAAAACUAUUCAGUCUAUCUCUCCCGAAACCCUACCUAUGUUCCUCAACUGUCUCUACGAUUCGUGCUCCGAUCCGAAACCCGCCGUGAAGAAGGAGUGCCUCCACCUCCUCUCGUACGUCUGUAGCUUACAUUCCGAUUCGACGGCUGCGCAUCUCACUAGAAUCAUCGCUCAGAUUGUUAAACGGCUGAAGGAUUCCGAUUCCGGAGUCAGGGAUGCUUGCAGGGAUACGAUUGGUGCUUUGUCUGGGAUUUACCUCAAAGGAAAAGAAGACGGGAACAAUACCGGCGCGGUGGGUCUAUUCGUGAAGCCAUUGUUUGAGGCGAUGGGAGAGCAGAACAAAGUAGUACAAGCUGGAGCGGCAAUGUGUAUGGCUAGGAUGGUGGAAUCAGCGGCCAGUCCUCCUGUUACAUCUUUCCAAAAGCUUUGCCCUAGAAUCUGCAAGCUGUUGAGCAAUUCCAGUUUCUUGGCUAAGGCAUCCCUUUUGCCCGUUGUUUCAAGUCUGUCUCAGGUGGGAGCCAUCGCGCCUCAGAGCUUGGAGUCAUUGCUAGAAACUAUCCAUGAUUGCAUUGGAAGUACAGAUUGGGUAACACGAAAGGCUGCGGCUGAGACCUUGACUGCAUUGGCAUUACAUUCAAGCAGUUUAGUUAAGGAUAGAGCAGAUUCGACUCUUGCCGUGCUUGAGACCUGUCGGUUUGACAAGAUUAAACCUGUCAGGGAAAGUGUGACAGAGGCGCUGCAGUUAUGGAAAAAGAUUUCUGGAAAAUGUUUAGAUGGUGCUCCAGAUGAGUCAAAGAGUUCAUCUGGUGAGCAGCUUGGAUCAGAGAAGAACGGGGACAAGAGGUCUAAUCUAGCUGAUCUAAUGAAAAAGGAGGCUUCCGAUGGUUCCACACUCUCACCGAACUCUGCUUCUAAAGGAAAAGGAGGUCUUCCUGAAAAAGCAGCUGUAAUGUUGAAGAAGAAAGCACCUGCCUUAAGUGACAAAGAGUUUAAUCCUGAAUUUUUCCAGAGACUAGAAAGACGGCAAUCCGUCGAAGUAGUAGUCCCUCGUAGAUGUAAAAAAAAUGAUGAGGAAGAAUCAGGACUCGAUGAUCUCAAUUCCAUGGGAUCUUCAAAUCGCUUCAAGAACAGCCAAGCAGAUGAUCAUGAAUUUCCAGAUUCCAAGUUCCACAACUUAGAGUCGGCGAGUGAUAAACAGUUAAAAGGUAGGUUUGAUGGGAACAGGUUACAGGCAGGGACAUCUGGUGAUGAUAAGGCUGGCCUUGUAAACGGAAAAGAUACGCCCGGAAACCAAUCUGAAGGAUCCUUCACAAGUAAUAGAGGAAAUUGGUCAGCCAUCCAGAGGCAGUUGUUGCAGCUAGAGAGACAACAGUCUAACCUCAUGAACAUGCUCCAGGAGUUUAUUGGUGGCUCACAUGACAGUAUGGUGACCUUAGAGGGCAGGGUAAGGGGUUUAGAGAGGAUUGUUGAAGACAUGGCAAGAGAUCUUUCAAUAUCAUCAGGUCGUAGGAGUAAUCUCACAGCUGGAUUUGGCAAAUAUAAUAGCUUCGCAAACUAUUCUACUGGAAAGUAUAACGGCCGAGCUCCAGGAGACAGAGGCUCACAACCUGAUGGAGCUAUGAGGGGCAGGAUGUGGGGUUCCGACAUGGCGGAUGACUGGUUCAUGCCUCCACAUGCGGCUUCCAGAAACGGACAAGCCGGGCCAAGAAGGUCACCUCGGUCAGAACAACAUGAGGAUGAGCACAUGGGAAAUAGCAGGAGAGGUUGGGAUAAUAAAGCAGCUGGAACUAUUAGAUUUGGUGAAGGUCCUUCAGCAAGAAGUGUGUGGCAAGCAUCAAAGGAUGAAGCUACACUUGAAGCUAUCAGAGUAGCUGGCGAGGAUGGUGCAGUCACUCGUCCAACCCGAGUUGCUGCGGUCCCUGAAGCUGAAGCCAUGGGAGAUGAAGAAAACGAAGGGCAAGAACGUGACCCGAUAUGGAGUUCAUGGAGUAAUGCAAUGCACUCACUCCGUGUUGGUGACAUUGACUCUGCUUACGCAGAAGUCCUUUGCGCCGGUGACCAGCACUUGAUCAUCAAGCUGAUGGACAAAACAGGACCUUCCCUUGACCAGAUGUCAAAUGAGAUUGCAAACGAAGCUCUUAAUUUCAUCACUCAGUUUCUGUUGGAUCACAAUCUCUACGACAUCUGUUUAUCUUGGAUUCAACAGCUGCUGGAAUUGGUUUUACAAGAUGGUGCAGACACAUUUGGAGUUCCAAUGGAACUGAAGACAGAGAUAUUGUUCAAUUUACAAGACGCAUGUUCCACGAUGGAUCCACCUGAAGACUGGGAAGGUCCCGCGCCGGAACAGCUUGUGAUGCAGUUGGCAUCAGUUUGGGAAAUCGAUCUGCAACAAUUCGACAAGUAAACUUGAGCUUCUGAGAUAUUUUUUUGUUUGUUUCUUCCAUUGAGAGUUUUCUUAAGCAUGUCGUAUGUCUGUAAGAUACAAUGUUGUUUGAACAGAGCUUGGUUUUAGUACCGUUUGUUCAUAAUUUUCGUACACCUGAUCUCGACAACUAAAGAUUUUUUUAUUUUUUCUAUUUGGAAAAUCGUGAAAGGGUGAAAGGGUGACUUGAAUCGAUUCAUCAAGUAUUACUGUGGUCCUGUUGACAUAAACUUGUAAACACUAAAUCAACUUUCA